CAAGAACCUGGCGAUGAAUGAUUGAAAGUGAAUAUCAGCACCAGUGUUGAUCUGCCGCCCUGACUUCCCCCUUCCUUAGCGAAAAGAAACUCGGGCUAACACGAGCAGCUCCACCUUCAAAGUUUCUGCGAGCCAACUCGUGUUUCUAAUAAAGUGACUAGGCAGCGUGCAUCAUCUUGGAGAUGCUGGGCACCGUCCUGUGCAUCCUGGGCUGGAUGGGGACCAUCAUGGUGUGCGCCCUGCCCCAGUGGAAGGUGAUGGUUUUAGCGGACCCCUUCAUCCAGACGAGGCAGGCCACUUGGGAGGGCAUCUGGAUGAUGUGCGCGAUCCAGAGCACGGGACAGAUCCAGUGCAAGGCCUUCGACUCCGCGCUGGUUCCGAGCUCAGAUAUCCUGACCGCCCGGGCCCUGAUCAUCGCCUCCAUCUUGCUGGGCACGCUGGCGUCGCUACUGUGCCUGGCGGGCGGCAAGUGCACCAACUGUGUGUGGGACCAGGGCACCAAGAUCAAAAUCUGCGUGGCCUCAGGCGUGUUCUUCAUCCUGGCGGGGGUACUGUGCCUCAUCCCCGUGUGUUGGACGGCCAACAGCGUCAUCAAUGACCUUCCCCACCCGGGGACCUUUUCCCGGUACGGAGAGAAGACGAAGCUAGGGGCCGCCCUGUUCAUCGGCUGGGGGUCUUCGGCCCUGCUCAUAAUAGGCGGCGGCCUCCUCGGCGGCGCCUUCCUCUGCGCCAACUGCCAGCCCAAGGACGACUACCCAACCAAGUCCCCGCCCUCAUCUGUUCCCAACAACUUCAUUUGAAGCCGGUCCAGUAUUUCAUCGGCGCCCACGUUUCGAGCCGCACCUGGCGACCAGAACGUCCUUGUUGACUGGAAAAUGGGCAAAACAUUUCUCUUGAGUUGAUCAUUUCCAUGUUUUUAUACACAUAUUCAUAUGUCAAUAAAUUGUCAUGGAGAUCAUCUGUU